AUGGGUAAGAAACUGAAUGCUCUGCUCGGAAGACACUCCAAGAAAUCAAAGCUCAAAAACCUGGCUAAUCUUGCCAUCUCAAGGGUUGACAAUAUGAAGAAACAGCACCAUGUUCGGCGUACCCAAGCUCGUUCAGAUGUUAUACAACUACUCGAUCUCGAUCACCAUGACCAUGCUCUCCUUCGUGUUGAACAUGUGAUCAAAGAGCAGAAUAUGUUUGAUGCGUUUGUCAUGAUAGAGAAGUACUGUUAUCUUCUGAUGGAGGGAGUUGUGCAACUUGAGAACAGGAAAAGUCCUGAUCAUGAGUUCAAGGAGGUAAUACCCACCUUAAUCUUUGCGGCUUCACGGUGUGGAGGAUUCCCAGAGCUACAACAGAUUCGUGAAAUUUUCACGUCACGAUUUGGGAAAGAAUUUGCAGCUUGUGCUGUUGAAUUAAAAAACAACUGUGGAGUAAAUCCUAAGAUGAUACAGAAGCUUUCCACACGACAAGAAAGCCUGGAAAGCAGACUGAAAAUGCUGAAGCAAAUUGCUUGGAACCGUGGGAUCACCCUCCAUCUUGAGGAUGACACUCCCGUGAUUACAAAGGAGAAAGAUAUCUAUCAGAAACAUCAGCAGCUUGAAUCAAUGGAAGAUGCAACCUUAAAUCCUCGUGAAGUUGGAGUAAUUGCCCAAGAAAUUUCUGAAGAAAUCACAGAGGAUGAAAAAUUUUCUGACCUGAUGAAAGCGAUAAAGGAAUACAGAGAUGUGGCUGCUCCAGCACAAUACACUUUUGCAUGGGAUGAAGAUUCAGAUGAUCAUUCCAGUUUUGAUCAUCAAGAAUUCGACUCUUAUUUUUCACCAAAAUCUGAACUGCAUUCCAAUAAGGAUACUUGCUCAGAGGAUUUCAACGACUUCAAGAAGGGAUCAGUCUUCGACAAGAUCUAUCGGAUCGAAAGAUUCAGCGCGGAAUCUGAAAGCAAAGAAAUGUAA